GGAAAUGCGGGAUGCAGGUGCAGCUGCAGCUGGAGGCAGAUUCAGAUAGAGAGCCGUCACUCUUCAUCCACAUUACGCACAUAGGCUUUACAUUCGUCUAAAAUGAGCGUGUCGACGUUUCAGAAGCUGACUAUAGUGUCAUGUGUGGUGCUGUGCGUCGCGCUUCUGCUGCCGAAUAUGCUUUUAUCGCGAGGAAAGAGAGAUGCGCCGCAGACUGAAGGACCUGCAGGACAUUUUCCUCCUGUGCUGCACAGAGCGCCGAUGUCAGAUGAACAGCAUCGAUCAGGCCGGCAGUUCUCCAGAGCUCAUAAUCCUGAAGCCAUCGCUCGGGCUAAAGGUGCCGGGACAGGUGCGAGCACCGGAGGAAAGUCCAAUCUUGCCGGACAGAUCAUCCCCAUAUAUGGCUUUGCUAUAUUACUGUACAUCCUUUACAUUCUGUUUAAGAUCAUGUCCAAAGGGAAAACAACUAAACCUUCAGAAAACCGAGUUUCUGCUGUCAGAUCACAAAACAUGAAGAGGAAAAUUACUGAUUUUGAGUUGUCUCAGCUCCAGGACAGAUUGAACGAGACAAAGGAUGUAAUUGAGAGCAUCAUUUCAGCAGCGAGUGUCUGCUCACACAGUGUUGAAGGCGCUGUAGCAGGACAUGAUGAGCAGAGGUUACUGUACCAGCUGAAGGAGAUCACACGGGUCAUGCAGGAGAGUCAACUCGUGGACCAACUACCAGCCAACAGCGAACAGCAGUCCUGCGGCCACGAGUGGGACGAUUUCUGUUUCCAUCAUUCACCUGACGUGAGCUCAGACACGCAUACACCACUGGAGGUGAGCUCUGAGACGUUACAUGACAUGCGUGUGGACAACAGAGCCCAAGAACAGAAGACAGAUGCCAACAGAACCGGACCCAUAGAUGACAUGUCCGACUCUGACUCCACAAGACAAUCUCAGACUCGCACCAUCUCAGACAACAUCACCGUCAGACAGAGGAACACAAAACCCAUCCAAUAAAUGACUGAAUGGAGAAUCUGAAGCUUUUGUGUAGCACCACCUUUCACAGCUCAUUGUCAUGUUUAACAGCUGAUGAUCGUGUUUAAUGACAGAACAAACACAGGAACAGAAUAUAAAGCAUACAUCACACCAGCUGUGUCAACUCUGUUAUAUACGCUAGGGAUCUGUUUGAAACGUGAGCUCAGGGCCUCUGAAUCUCCAGAGAAGUCCACGGUUGACAUGUUUAAAGUUUGUAUUAAUAAACAGAAUUAGCCUGUGUUCACCAGUUCACAUUAACAUUUAAUCAGAUAUGAUAGAAAAAGCUGUGUGAGGGGAGGGAUCUGAGCUGUGGCCACAGACUACCCAGAAUUCCCCCUGCUUGACUGAUGCUGCAAAAAUUGUCACAAGACAACAGAGAUGAAUGAUGGCUUUAUAUACAGAUCUCUAUGCCCUGAUUGUUUGGAUUACAUGAGCGUGCCUCCCGAACUGAGUUAAAUCAAUUUAAUUAUUAUGUUGGCUUGAAAAAGGCCAUAAGACACAGCGCACGAGCCCCAGAGCUCCCCUUCUUUUGCCUUUUGCAUGAACGAUCUGAUGUCCCAAAAAAGUAUCGUAAAACACAUGUAAUUGUUCCUGUGUCUAUGACAUAAAGAAGCCCGUAAUGUCUUUAAAAAGUUUGAGCAGCUGAAUCUGUGAAACCCAGUCAUAUUACGGUUAUGUAUUUUUUACGUUUCAAUUCGAUUCAACAGUUUUUUUGGGCGAUUUUGUAUUUUAAAAGCGGGGAGGACAUAGCUGUGAGUUGACGUGAUUCAAUUCCACGAAUAGCUAGGACAACAGUGUAAAAAUGACAGCGUCGGCUGUGACAUUACAUUUUGGAGAUUUUAAAACAAGCGCUUGGUAUUAAACGACGUGCUGGAUCUUAACAGUGCCUCGGGGAAAACGUUAAUGCUUGACAUUGACAAGUAAACACACACACCAGGAGCGCAUUACAAGGACUGUUUGCUGUGACGGGUUUUAAGGAGACUAAGCACAAACUAUAGUGCGUUUACUUUCAUUUAAUAAUGGCAAAGACCAUGAAAUAUACUAACUUGUUAGGCUAGUAGCCUAAGUUUUGCAUCCAAAUAACUAAAAAAGUGUCCUUGCACAAUUCUGCCAGUGGGUGGCGGUAUAAUAUUGAUUGGCAGGCUUGUAAAUCGUAUUUAUCCGUUUUUACAGUCAACACUUAAGCCUGGCUCAGACUACAGGAGUUUUAAAAUCCUGACAGAUUUUAAAUUCUGGUUGCAGCACACACAUAAGGAGAAUCUUGACCGAUUCUCUUAUUUAAAAUCUUAAACCUGGCUCAGACUACAUGAGUUUUAAAAUCUGGAAAGAUUAAAAAUCUGGUUGCAGCACACACAUAAAAAGAAUCUUGACAGAUUAUUUUAUUUAAAUUCUUAAACAAGCUCAGACUCAUCAGUGUACAACUAAAUAUAUACUACACAUAUUUUUACAUAUCCAUAGGAUAUGCAGUUUUGUAAAAGGAGCUAAUAGUAACCGUUUUAAUGGGUUUACUAUUUUUAGAUGUUGACAUCACAUCUACAUUUGAAUAUCUUUUUCAAGCACUACAAAAAUAGGUUUGCCCUUUGUAAACUUGCAUUUAUGAAUGUGAAAUGUCCAGAUAAGAAAACGUUGGGGGGUAAAGUUGUGUUUAUAAAUAAGACUAAAGGUAGC